CCAGCACUUUCACUUUCUAUUCCUCAGAAACACCACUGCCUGAGCUUCUGCUCUUUUCUCCCUGCAGCUGCUGCUUCAACACAGGACUCACGAUGAGCUUUGGACUUUCGACACAGAUGGUCCCAGAUAUACCCCCUUUGUGGAGGAAUGUGCAGUGGACAGAAGAGCGAAGGACCAGCCUGAUGGAGACCGUCAGCUCCUACACACCGAGCAGUGAGGAGGUGACUCAAGCCAGGGUUCUCCUCCUGGGCCCCGUCGGGUCCGGAAAGUCCAGCUUCAUCAGUUCAGUCCAUUCGGUGUUUAACGGACGAGUCAAUCCGGCCAUGGUGGGCUCCUCCUCCACCUGCUUCACCAAAAAGCUGCAGUCGUUCACCAUCUGUGGUCAGAAGAGAGAAGUUCCGACCAGACUGGUGCUGUGUGACGCUAUGGGUCUGGGGGACGGAGAGAUGACCGGACUGACCCUCCACGACAUCCUGUCCGUCAUUAAAGGUCACGUACCUGAGGGACACAAGUUCUGCCCGGACCAGGCAGUGAGAUCAGAGACUGGAAACUACGUGAAGUGGCCGAGCCUAAAAGACAAGAUCCACUGUGUGGCCUUUGUGCUGGACGCCUCUAAAAUCGCAACGUACUCCAAAGGCCUCAGAGCCUCGUUCCAACAGCUCAGGGAGCACAUCAGUGAUCUGGGUAUCCACCAGGUGGCUCUGCUGACCCAUGUGGAUAAAAUCUGUCCCAACACAGCCAAAGACGUCUCCAUGGUUUACAAGAGCCAAGUAAUAAAAGAGACGAUGAGUAAAGCUGCAGAUCUGAUGGGUAUGGCCACCUCCUACAUCGUCCCCGUGAAGAACUACUCCUCAGAGCUGGACCUGAACGUGAACACCGACGUGCUGCUGCUCAGCGCCGUCGAGCACAUCCUGCAGUACGUCGAUCUGUAUUUCCAGGAAAACACACCACAAGAAACGGAGUCAAAGAAGGCUUCGUCCGAAUUGUGAAUAUUUAAAAAUGAAAAGGGAAAAUGUGAAUAUUCCAGGCACUCAAAAUGUGUAUAUUCUUGAAAGAACCUGGUUUAUGUACCACCUUUACAUAGACUGGUGAUAUUGUUAUUAUCAUCAUUAUUAUUAACCACUUUUUAACUGUUUAACAUUAAUAACAUAAUUAUGUGUCAUAUCACCAGUCCGACAGAGCGGUUACACAACUGUUACUGGCCUCACUCUUCCACGUUUCUCCAUGAUUCUAAAAACCUUACAGAGCUAGAAGAUGUUCGACGGAAUCUGAUUUCAUUAGAACUGAGAAAUUCCAUUUAUUGUUAUAUCACACGUUAUAAAGUACAUCGAGUUUGAAUCUUAAUUCCUUUUUAAAAUCUCAACUGUUGCAGAAUUGUGUUAAGUCACUCAAUAAAAUCUCAAAGUGCACCAAU